AAGCACUUUAGCAACGUCAAGAUUCCUCGACGUCGACGCAAAAGCCAUUGACCAACGCCACGGCAUCAGCACAAGAUGGCACCUCAGUCAAACGCCUUGACUCCACGGCAGAAGCGCGAGGACAAGGCAGAACGAGCGCGGAAACUUCUCUCAGGUGCGACACUUAGGAGGGAGGACUCUGAUGACGAGCUGGGCACAGAUGAGUACCCUUGGGAAUGGAUCUAUGAGAAGAAGGGGAAGCAGGCGCAAGAUGACGAGGAGGAUGAUUCUGCGGAUGAUGAGAAAUCUGCUUUGACGCCGAGGAAGAGAAAGGCUCGUAAUGCUGCGCGAUCGCAAGGUGGAAUUAUAGGGGCCAAGAUGGGAGCCUUCAAGUGCAAGGUUGGAGAUACGGUUUUGUUGAAGGCGGAGGGCCAAAAUCAGUCUUGGGUGGGAAUUAUACAGCAAUUCUUGGAAGAAGAGGAUGGAGAGAAAUCUGCGAACUUCUUAUGGUUUGCUAACGAGAAGGAAAUCCGACCACAAUUGAAGGAGAAGAAGAGAUCCGACUUUCUUACUAAUGAGCUGUACCUCACCCCGGAUACCGAUAUCAAUCCUCUGGAAUCGAUCAACGGCACUGCAUAUAUCAUGUCCGAGAAAGUCUUCAACAAAAAGUACCCCACUGGCAAAAUCCCCAAAAAAGCUCGAGAGCAUGGUAAGACAUUCAUUUGUCGGAGAGGCUGCGAUACUCGGGCAGUCAAAUACACGGAAGAGUUUAUUUGGGAAGAUAUUUCACAUGGUACCGAGGAUGAGGUUACGGAGCUGUUGACUCGGAUCGAAUCAGAGACCAAGUCAACGAAGAAAAGAAAAUAUCAGAGGCGCACGAAGGGUGAUGAUGAUUUCAAGGGAGGCGUUAUUGAUGACGAUGAAAUGGAGACACAUACGCCAAGGAAGAAGCAGAAGUUCUCGAAUGUGACUACGCCGAAGAAACCACGCACUCCGUCAAAGCUGCUGACACCAAGCCAUAAAAGGGUUGUCGUGAAGAAACCACUUGAGUUCACACCACUUGGUACUCGAAUGCUGGACCCUGAACAUGUCGAGUCUUCUCCUUUUCAGACCGCUCGUUCAAGACUGCACGUUUCAUCUGUUCCUACCAGUCUACCUUGUCGAGAGGACGAGUUUGCUUCAGUAUACUCACAUCUCGAAGCUGCCAUUGUCGAGGGCACAGGAGCUUGUAUUUACAUUUCGGGAACCCCCGGGACUGGUAAGACAGCAACUGUUCGAGAAGUUGUGGCACAGCUCAAUGCAUCGGUUAUGGCCGAUGAGCUUGACGAUUUCAUAUUUGUUGAGAUUAAUGGUAUGAAAGUCACGGAUCCCCACCAGUCAUAUUCUCUAUUAUGGGAGGCACUGAAAGGAGACCGUGUCAGUCCUACACAUGCACUGGAUCUUCUCGAGAGAGAGUUCAAUCACCCCAGUCCUCGAAGAGUACCCUGUGUGGUAUUAAUGGAUGAGCUUGAUCAACUUGUCACCAAGAAUCAAAGUGUCAUGUACAACUUCUUUAAUUGGCCAGGUCUACGGCAUAGCAGAUUAAUUGUGCUUGCUGUUGCAAACACCAUGGAUUUGCCAGAGCGUACGCUGAGUAAUAAGAUCAGCAGUCGACUUGGCUUAACCAGAAUCACUUUCCCAGGCUAUACCCACGAACAACUCAUGAAGAUCAUCCAAUCCCGCCUUGAAGGCGUACCAGGCGACAUCGUCGAAUCCGAUGCCGUACAAUUCGCCAGCCGAAAAGUAGCAGCUGUGAGCGGAGAUGCUCGUCGAGCCCUCGAUAUCUGCCGGCGCGCAGUCGAGCUCGCUGAAUCAGACGUGCUUUCUCAACCUGCGCCUAACACUCCUAGCAAAAGUGGCAAGAACGAGAAAAUCCCAAGGGGCUUCGGGAAAGUCACAAUAGCGACUGUGAAGAGAGCCAUCAAUGAGGCGACUACGAGUCCUCUACAGCAGUACUUGAGAGGCCUGCCUUUAGCCGCGAAAGUUUUACUUGCAGCUCUGUUGGCAAAGACGAGGAGAACAGGCAUUGCGGAGAGUAUUUUGGGGGAGGUCAUGGAUGAGGCGAAGAGGAUGGCGAAGAUGGACACAGGAAGUCAGAUGAUUGAAUUCCUAUUGAGGGAUAAUCACGUUUCGACUAAAGGAAUGGGCAUGCAACUGUCUAAACAACCUCAGAAGACGCCACGAUUACUAGCGAUGGGGUCUUCAGCUGUGGAUCUCAUGGAAGCUGGUAUUAUUGGCUUGGAAGCUAGAAGAGCGGAUCGUACGGGGAAGAUCCGAUUGAGUAUUGGAGAGGAGGAUGUCAAGCAAGCUUUCAAGGAUGAUCCAGAGGUCAAGAAUCUUGGAUUUUAA